AUUCCUCCUUGCUCAAUCGCCAUCAUGGAACAAGGUAAUUUCUUGAGAGUGGCACUGCAGCGAGCUGAUGGACCGAGCAUGGGGCUGUGGCAGAUGGUGCCUGGCGCCAAUGUGUCGCGUGCCCUCGCCCGCGUCCCAGGCGUCGACUGGGUGGUGAUCGAUUGUGAGCACGGUAAUCUUGACGACAGCGCUAUGCACGAAGCAGUCCCUGCUGUUGCUGCAGCUGGUGCAUCUCCCAUAGUGAGAAUUCCCAGCAUGGAGUCAUGGAUGAUCAAGAGAGCUUUGGACUCGGGUGCGCAUGGAAUCCUGGUACCUUUGCUUCGCACCGCGCAAGAAGCCAGAGAAAUCGUCAAAGCCGCCAAGUUCCCUCCACAAGGCACGCGUGGAUUUGGCUCUCCUUACGCAAUGGAACGCUUCAGCCCCAUGCCAACGAUGACCGAAUAUCUCCAGCAGGCAAAUAGCAGCCUUCUUACUAUAGUCCAGAUUGAAACCCAAGAGGCCCUUAAUAACUUGGAGGAAAUCGCCGCUGUUGAUGGUGUUGAUAUAUUAUUCGUGGGACCAUUCGAUUUGGGGAACAAUAUCGGCCAUCCUAUUAUACAAGGCAUCGUUAAACCAGAACUACGAGAGGCAGUUGCACGCGUGCUCGAGGUUUGCCACAGGUUUGGCAAGAAAUGUGGAAUAUACAGCACAUCUGGCAAGCAAGCGAGGGAAUAUUCCAAGGCUGGGUUCGAUAUGAUUCACGUGGCAACUGACUUCACAUCGUUACAAUUUAUUAUGACGCAGGAGAACAUGGCCUCCCAUCAAAUACCUCGUCAGAGCCGCUCGCAAGCAAACUCAGUCUGCGACCUCAAUCGCGGAGGUUGGACGUCUUUUGGCGCCGAGGCGCAUCUAACCGGAACCCAAGAUGAUGGAGUGCAUUGGCAACAGAGCAAUCAGCUCCCCCCUGAAUCAGAGAUCAAUUUUUCGGACGAAUUACUUCCUGCUUUUGAUGGUGGUAUCGGAUCGUGUUUUGAUCAGACACCGCUGGAGGACCUGACCUUUGGUUGCCCAGACUUGGCUGCCGACAACUUCGAGCUCGAUCAAAUUCAUGCAUCCAGCCUAGGUUCAUUGAGCCAGCAAGAGAUCCAACGUUACUCUCAUAGCGAUGGGUUUUCUCCUUACAAUCUGCAGCGUGCCUUUAGUACUUCAUCUUUAGCCAACCAGGAACUCUCCGAGACGGACACCUCAACGAACCCCCAGUAUCCCGCCAUUCCCAUCACCCCAAAUUCGACUCUUCCACGUCGCAGAAGCCGUUAUUCACUCAGACAUACCCUGAACGGCGGACGAAGCAUUCACAUUCCUGUCUACGACGCAAGCGAGCAAGCCUCUGAGCCUUUGCAGAGAUGGAGAAACAGCCCUCCAGAAACCGAAUCGGCAUCUUGGUCCGCCAUUUAUGAUACAUUACAAGGAAAUCCUCUGAGCGAUAACAUGCAAGCUCCUUUCACCAGGGUGGAAUCAUCGAGUCCGAGCGUGGCCAGUUGGCACAGUCAAUCUUCAAGCUCAAUCGUUUCUACGCAGUCGUCUCGAUCGUUCCAGAAUCGAAACAGGAGACGCGUUACAAAGAGGAGGAGUGAAGUCGCUGGUGCUAAUAAGAAGCCCCGGAUCUUCCAUUGCACAUUCUGUUGCGAUUCGUUUUCUAAGAAGCAUGACUGGACUAGACACGAAAAGACGCUUCACCUUGAUUGCGACCAGUGGAUUUGUGCACCUUAUGGUGGUGCAGUGGUAUCGUCCUUGACUGGGAGGAGUACAUGUGCAUACUGCAAUGUCCUUGAUCCUACUGACCAUCACCUAAACUCUCAUAACCAUAACGCAUGUCAUAAUGGUCAACAGCCGCACGUCUUUAGGCGCAAAGAUAACCUCAUUCAACAUCUCCGCGGGUUUCAUCAACUAGACACGCUGCCCAUCUUGGACGACUGGAGGAUACCGCCUCCCCCGAUUUCCUCGCGAUGUGGUUUCUGCGACCAGCAUCUCGCGUCGUGGCAGGACCGUGCAGACCACCUCACACAGCAUUUCCGCCAGGGCAAAACAAUGGCAGAAUGGAAAGGCGAUCACAACUUCGAGCCCUCGAUCGCAGCACAGGUUAGAAAUGCCUUGCCACCAUACCUCCUUGCAAACGAGGCUUUAACCAUGGUACCCUUUUCCGCCACGGAUCCAACGGUGCCGGACCAUUUCGCUCAGAUAGAGGAGAGAAACGGCAAGGCUGUCCCAGAUCCGGAGCAGCAGCUCGAUCCUGGGUUCGAUUUGACGCCCGACUCUUAUACCAAGUUUCUAGCGUGGCAUUUAGGUCGUUUUGCUCAGCAGUCCUUUGCGAGUGGUGUCUUUCCGACGGAUGAGAUGUUUCAGGGCGAGGCGAGGAGGCUGGUGUAUGGGAGUGAUGAUAACUGGGAACAGACCAUAGCUGACAACGAGCAGUGGAUCGCUACUUUUCGGAGACAGCAUUUAUCGAAAGACUAGAGCGUGAUGGUAUAGCUAUAUAGG